CAGUAACGUCGUCGUCGCGUUUUCACUGUCUUUUCUUCUUCGGCUUCGCGAGGGUUAGCGAAGGCUACUAGGACUAGGAGUGGAGCGUCGGAUACUUCGAGGUUGAGAGGUUCGAUCGUGGAAGAGAGAAAGAUUUUGGAAACUGCGAUGUCUUCUGAAUCCAAUUUGAUUAACACUGUGGAGGCUUUUCUCGGUGUGUCGUUGGGCUCGGAAUCGGCGGUUCUGAUCCUGACGACGACGGUGGCGGUGAUUUUGGGGUUGUUGAUCUUCGUGUGGAGAAGAUCGUCGGAUCGAGGAAGGGAUGUGAAGCCGCUCGUGGUUCCGAAGGCGGUGGCGAUUCCAGCGGAAGAGGAUGAGGCAGAGGCUGCGGUGGGGAAAACUAAGGUCACUGUCUUCUUUGGUACUCAGACUGGAACUGCCGAGGGUUUUGCCAAGGCUUUAGCCGAAGAGAUUAAGGCAAGAUACGACAAAGCAACCAUUAAAGUUGUUGACCUGGAUGACUAUGCUGUGGAUGAUGAUCAAUAUGAAGAAAAACUGAAGAAAGAGGCUUUGGCUUUUUUCAUGUUGGCCACUUAUGGAGAUGGAGAGCCAACUGAUAAUGCUGCUAGAUUUUACAAAUGGUUUACUGAGGGAAAAGAGAGGGAGGCCUGGCUUCAACAACUCACAUAUGGUGUUUUUGGUCUGGGUAACCGCCAAUAUGAACAUUUUAACAAGAUAGCAAAGGUAGUGGAUGAACUACUAAGUGAGCAAGGAGCAAAACGUCUUGUUCCAGCUGGUCUUGGUGAUGACGAUCAGUGCAUUGAGGAUGAUUUUGCUGCUUGGAGAGAAUUACUGUGGCCUGAGUUAGAUCUAUUACUCCGAGAUGAAGAUGAUAUAAGUGCUGUGUCCACUCCAUAUACAGCUGUUAUCCCUGAAUACAGGGUAGUUAUUCAUGAUCCUAUUGUUACAUCUUGUGAAGAUAAAUUCCUAAAUAUGGCAAAUGGGAAUGCUUCUUUUGAUAUUCACCAUCCAUGCAGAGUUAAUGUUGCAGUUCAGCGAGAGCUUCACACACUGGAGUCUGAUCGUUCCUGCAUACAUCUGGAGUUUGACACAUCAGGCACUGGUAUAACAUAUGAAACUGGAGACCAUGUGGGCGUUUAUGCUGAGAAUUGUGAUGAAACUGUUGAGGAAGCAGGAAGGUUGUUGGGUCAACCUCUAGAUUUGCUUUUUUCGAUUCACACUGAUAAAGAUGAUGGCACGUCCUUAGGCAGCUCAUUGCCACCUACUUUUCCUGGUCCUUGCACCAUUCGCACUGCACUUGCAUGUUAUGCAGAUCUCUUGAACUCCCCACGGAAGGCUGCAUUAAGUGCAUUGGCUGCUCAUGCAAUUGAGCCUGGUGAAGCAGAAAGACUAAAGUUCUUGGCAUCACCUCAGGGGAAGGAUGAGUACUCACAAUGGGUUGUUGGAAGUCAGAGGAGUCUCCUUGAGGUAAUGGCUGAGUUCCCUUCAGCGAAACCUCCCCUCGGUGUUUUCUUUGCAGCAAUUGCCCCUCGAUUGCAGCCUCGUUACUAUUCAAUCUCAUCCUCUCCUAGGUAUGCGUCCCAUAGAGUUCAUGUAACCUGUGCUUUGGUUUAUGGUCCAAGUCCCACAGGCAGAAUUCACAAAGGGGUGUGUUCAACCUGGAUGAAGAAUGCAGUUUCUUUAGAGAAAAGCCAUAACUCUAGCUGGGCUCCUAUUUUUAUUAGGCCAUCAAAUUUCAAAUUACCUGUUGAUCCUUUGACUCCAAUUAUCAUGGUGGGACCUGGUACUGGCUUGGCACCUUUCAGAGGAUUUCUACAGGAAAGAUUGGCCCUCAAAGAGGAUGGUGUUCAACUUGGUCCUGCUCUACUAUUCUUUGGAUGUCGGAAUCGCCGGAUGGAUUUCAUUUAUGAGGAUGAACUCAAUAAUUUUGUUGAACAAGGUAUUCUGUCUGAGUUGAUUGUGGCAUUUUCACGAGAGGGGCCACAAAAGGAGUAUGUGCAACAUAAGAUGAUGGAUAGAGCAUCAUACAUAUGGAAUAUAAUCUCUCAGGGGGGAUAUCUUUAUGUUUGUGGUGAUGCCAAGGGUAUGGCCAAAGAUGUUCAUCGAACUUUGCAUACCAUUGUCCAGGAGCAGGAAAAUGUGGAGUCAUCCAAGGCGGAGGCUAUAGUGAAGAAACUUCACACAGAUGGACGUUAUCUUAGAGAUGUCUGGUGAUUGAUUAAGCAUCGAUUCCUUUUCCAUGGUUGGUUUGCAGCAUCCUGGUGAAACAUUUGAGGUGGAUGCAUUUUUUCUCUCAAGCUCAACCUUGCUCAACCUUGUUUCAACAAGUUCCUCUCCAGGUCUCCCUGGAGUAAACAGGCAGCAGAUCAAAGAUAUGGUGGAAACUGAAAAAUGGUUUCCUCUAAACAUCUUUUUUUUUUUUUUUUUUUUCUUUUUUUUUUUUAAUUUUGGGACAAAGAAGAAUCUUUCAUUGUUUUAGUUUUAGUCUAUUGUAAUCUCCUUAGAUUCAUAUCUCAUACAAAACCUAGAUGGAUAGCGAGUUUGGAAAGAUGUCAGAGGACAAUACUAAGAUGAGUGUAGGGUGUUUUGGAGGGGGUUUUGUAUGGAUGGUUAUAGUAAAUUAUGGGAAGGUAGAAUAAAAAAUAAUUUAUUUAUUUAUUUAUUUGAAGGGGAGUUGAAGA